GCAUUCAACUGGUUCAGGAGCUAUGAUCAUUUACAUAACAUGCUCCAAAUAGGCACAAUUGAGACCAACGCAGAGUUGGAUUCAUAUGGCAAACUACCCUUACAUGUUCUGCCCUCUAUGGCAUUAUUAUGGCAUUACAUAUAGCAGUGAUUGCCUUCUUUAGGUCAACAAUAGUCUGAGGAUUGUUUUGGUAUAGAUUGUCUUUCAAAUAUCCAUACAAAAAGAAAUCAGCAGGAUUCAAGUCUAGGCUGUAAUGGCAAUGAAGGGUUAUCUGACAUGUGGUUCAUCAUCCUGUUGCCAAAGUGCUGAUUUACCAAAUCUUAAGAGUCACUUUAGGUAUUGGGCAUAGUGCCAUGUUACUAAAACCACUAUAUGGCACAAUUAAAUCCCAUAUGAAAACCAAGGGCUGCCCAAAACCUCCUUAGGAUGAUACUGUAACUGAGUGGGACCACUGAGUCAGAAGCCAUAGGUCAGAUAAGCUUCGUCUCCAUACACCUCAAAUUUGAAUCCACCUGAUUUCUUUUUGUGGGGCAAUUUGAAAGACAAUGUGUACCAAAACAAUCCUGAGACAAUUGCUGACCUAAAGGUGGCAAUAAAUGCUAAAUGUAAUGCCAUAACAAGGUCGGAAUAUGUAAGGGUAUUUGCCAAAUGUAUCCAGCUCUGCGUUGGUCUCAAUUGCGCCUAUUUGGAGCAUGUUAUGUAAAUGAUCAUAGCUCCUGAACCAGUUGACUGCUUGUAUUGACACUUUCAGGAACAAAUUUCCAUAGAACUGUCCUGAUGUAUGCAAAAUUUCAUUGAUGUCACUAGUCUAUUUUAGGAGAUAUUGCCUAUUUCAAUGGUCUCCUUUUUUUCCGGUCACCCUGUAAUAUGGAGAAGGAAAAUCAACCAGUCCCUUAACAAUGCUCCCAUUGAAAAUAAUGAAGAUUAUGUAAAUGAUGGCUUUGGUGAUAUGGAUAUUGCAAUGAACAGUAAUUCUGAAACAAAUGACUCUCAGUUAUCUGUUAACAAUAUUUCUUCCGAGUCAACAUUAAGUGCACCAUAUGAUAUGAUCAAUGCGACUGACUUGGACCAAGAAAACAUGUACCAAAGAAUUUCAAAUGACACGGGUUCAAACACCAUGCAUAAUGAGACCAACCAAGAAUAUGUAAAUCAAACCAUUGUAAAUGAUAAAAGUUCAUAUGAAAAAUAUCGAGACCAGGAAUAUGAAGAGGUAAUUUGUAAAUGAUCAGACAUUCAAAAAGAGUAAACACACAUGACAGAGUAAAGGCA